AUCUUUAUCAAGUUGCCUCCGAAAGAACUAAUGAAUUCCAGCCACGAAAAUCAAUUCGUCUUGGUUAAAUAGGCGAAACCUAGUAGCCGGUCGAUCUGAUUAAGGAAGGGACUGCUACUAAAUUUCUAAUAUCAAGAUACGAAGUUAAUUGGCGACUGCCUUCGUUGUAGAUCGUAGAGCCGCGACGCACCGACUAAUCCUGAUUCAAGUGACAGCAUAUCGAGAAGCCCUAUGCGUAUCUAUAAUACUAAGUUUGUACUAUGUGGAGCAUACGAACUACUGUUUGCAACCAUCGUAGCACAGUUUUUCCUUUGAAAGAAACAGAAUCCUUUGACGCUUAAUCUUGUCGAAAUGGAACGCUUAUUAGUACUGCAAAACUUUUCUAAUGAUAUUUUCAUGUAACGUCGUUCGUGUAAAUGCUUUACUAUGUCAUGCCAGGGAAAGAAAUGGACCGGUAAUUUCAUUAAUUCCUUGGUGUAUAACAUUUAUUUCAAAUGCGUUUUCAUUGUUCAUAUUUACGUUUGAUUCGCAAUAAGCCGUGUUAAUGAAAUAAUGUUUAAUUACCAGUAUCAUUGAAUCAUACUGGGCAAUUUUAGCAAACAGUAUAAAAUAUCUGUAUGCAUAAUUAAUUAUAAAAGCAUGUGCAACGAUUAAUGGUCAUGAAAUUUUGCAAUACCGCGGUAACUUAUAAAUUGUAAGAUUAAACGAACUUGUGUUAACAUAAUACUGACAAAAGCCUAUUAAACACAUCAACGCUGGUUCAUUCUUUAAUUUAUCAUCUCAUUUUCAAGGAACCAUAUGAAAUAACAGAAAUAAAUUUACCUAAUAUACGUAUAAUCGUAAUCCAUCUUUAUCCUUUUACAUUACAAAUACUACUAACGUUAUUAACUUAAUAUCGUUAUUAAAGUAUUCAUUAGGAAUGCAUUUUUAAAUCAUUUAUUUCACAUAUUCAUCUCGCUUUAGAUUUACAUUCUUUAAUUUUACAUUAGCUACAAAACAUAAAACUAUCCUUAUGUUAUUAUAAUUCUAACAAAGAAAGAAAAAAUAUCAGAAAGAUUUCUUAGAACUAUAAAUUCCAUAUAACUUACUAAAUGUUUGUUUAAAUUUACUUCUAUCGUAGUUUCCACAUUUUAUUUUAAUGAUCUUCCGGCAAGUCUUACAUUCAAUUCACCAUCUAUUUGUAAGCAAUAUUUCCUGUUCUACUAGUCUUGAAUGCGUUUCUUUAUCGUAUUAAAAUAGGGUGUGCGAGAAACCCUUUGCAGGGAACUGUGCUUGUGUGUUACGUUCCUGUUCCCGAGUCACUGCUAGGGGUGCUUGCCCUGCGGAUGAACUUAGACAGUAGGUUGCCGCCACGAAAGACGGUGUUAACGUCGAUAGUCAGUCACUAUUCGAAUCGUUCAGUAACCCGAAUGUCAGUCGAUAUUUUCAAACUCGACGGCCAAGAUGGGAAGGCUCUCCCAAUUCAUGUGCCACAGAAUGUGGGAUUCCUAGAAACGUAUCGUUACAUCAUGGAAGAUGCAGCAGAUUCCAGAGUAGCAGAUUGGUUCUUAAUGGGCAGUCCAUUUCCAUUGCUAGGAAUUAUAUUUCUUUAUCUGCUCUUCGUUCUUCGUUUUGGCCCUUUAUUUAUGAAAAAUCGAAAACCAUACAAUCUAAAUAAGUUUAUGAUUUGUUACAACAUCUCUAUGGCCAUCGCGAGCGCAACUGUAUUUUACGGGCUACUUACCUCGGGCUUCACCACUAAAUUCUCUCUGGGAUGCGAGACUCAUGUCAUUUCAAACGACCCUGACUCUUAUCGCACGGCUCGAUGGGUGUGGAGGCUCUUAAUGUUGAAAGUCCUCGAGUUGAGCGACACCGUUAUCUUCAUUCUCAGAAAAAAAUACAAUCAGGCGUCUUUUCUUCACGUUUAUCAUCACACGUCCACCGCUUUCCUUUCGUGGAUAGCCUGCAAAUUUGUCCCAGGUGGCAUGUGGACGUUCACGAUUAUGCCAAACUGCAUCGUGCACGUGAUUAUGUACACCUAUUAUCUGCUCGCCUGCUUGGGCCCACAAGUGCAAAAGAGGAUCGCGCCUUGGAAACAAUAUAUUACGGGGUUGCAAAUGUUCCAGUUCAUAAUCAUGAUAUGUCAUAUGUUCCAAACAUUGUUACCUACUUGUGAGCCAAACCGGAAACCAAUAGCAUAUAUCUACAUGUCGCAGAUUCUUGUAAUGUUUUGCAUGUUUUGCGAUUAUUACAAGAAAUCAUAUCUCCGAAAAAAGACGCAAUAGAGAUUUAGAGUGACGCGAAAGUUGGGGUGAUUUCGGAUUACACGCUGUUCGAAUGCUUCCUUCAAAAUCGUAGAGUCCAUCAUCGAAGAGACGUCUCAACAUAAACAUAAUUUCAUGGAAAAUUAAAAUGGAACAAUCACGGGCGAUUACGUUUGAUAUACCGCACUGGUGGAACGUAUUAGACAGAAUAUAUUAGCAUAGGAUACGAUAUAAGAUCAAAAUUCUUUCUCUUAAAUGUUGCUUUACAAAUAUGUAUACUGCUUACUGCGAAAAUGAUUAAUUAUCGUCAAAAUUAAUACACUCGUACGUAUUUUAAAUGAAUCCUUCGAUAUAUCGAAUUUUUUUGAAGAAGUGUAAUGUAAUGAAAUACGUAGACAUAAAGAAUUUAAAAUAUACAAAAUUUUUAAUAAUCACUUAUGUUAAUUGUUAUAAUUAGUCAAACAUAGAUGGAUUUUAUUAGUAGUAUGCAGUUUUUCAAUAAAAAAAAAAACGAUAUCUAAACACUUAAUUUUUUUCCCCACUCGAUAAUGGGCGAGCAAGUGGACACGUCGAAAAGUAAAUUUUCUAACUAGUUGUUAAACGUAUGAUUCAAGCAUAUACACAGAUUUUUAAUUACAUUCUUCGUUUUCAAAAACAACAAAUUAAAUACAGAAAGUGUAAGGAAAGAUUUGUGUUUAUAAUAUUGUUGGGUAUAAAGAGAUUGAUAUAAACGACGUUGCUCGGUUUUGUUAGAAAUAAAAAUACUUAUGGAUGUUCCGAUUAAUUAAAGCUUAAUUAUUUGACGUUAUUUUUAAACGAA